AUGGCAUCGGCGUCGACGGCACCUACGGUACCAGGAGCAGGUACGAACGGUCGACCGAUUGUGUUUAUGGAUAUCUCGAUCGGUGAGACUGCGGCAGGUCGACUGAAAUUCGAGUUGUUCUCCGACGUGGUGCCUGGUACAGCGGAAAACUUUCGACAACUGUGUACUGGCGAAUUGCGUCGCAACCAUGUCGCCGUCGGAUACAAAGAUUGCAUCUUUCACCGAAUCAUCAAAGACUUUAUGUGUCAAGGAGGUGAUUUCAUCAAUGCGGACGGUACAGGAUCUGAAUCGAUCUAUGGGGAGAAGUUCGAAGAUGAGAACUUUAUCAUGAAACACGACAAAGCGGGGUUGUUGAGCAUGGCGAAUAGCGGACCAGGGACGAAUGGUUGUCAGUUCUUCAUCACAGCUCAACCAUGUCCCUUUUUGGAUGGGAAACAUGUCGUGUUUGGACAAGUGGUGGAUGGAUUGUUGACGUUGAGGAAGAUGGAAAAUGUUGCGACGGGGGCGAAUCAUCGACCAAAGAUGGCGGUUAGAGUUACUGAGUGCGGCGAGAUGUAG